AUGGAGGAGCAGCGCAGAGCGUUGCAUGCGCUGGAACAAGCGUGUGCUGUGCGCGGUGCAAUGCUUGCAUCGGUCGAGAGCUCGUUUGCCGUAGUGCAAAGCUUGCAAGCAUCGGACGAUGGCGCAAGCGUGGAAGAGGGCGGCGAUGCAGAGCACGCUGUGCGCGGUAUUCGUGCUCUUCUGCGCAAGCGCGAUGCGCUGGCUUUACAGAUUCUCGAGACGCAGCACGCGCUACAGUCUGUUCAGGAGCAGGAGGCAACUGUUGCGAACGAGAUCGAGCGUACGCGGGACGAUACCAUUUCAGUCGUGCAUGCUGCACGACAAGAUGCCCAAGCAAAAAAGCCAGACGCUGCCGAGCAGCAGUGUGCGCUGCUGAAAGGCGUGAUCCUUCAUCUCGCUAUGAAGAGCAAAGAGCCGUGGUGGAACGAUCCACAGCUCACAGAGAUUGUUUUGUCUAUGGAUACGCCCGGCGCCUGA